AUGAAUAACAAUGAAGAACCAGAUAAUGAUGAUAUCGUUUUGUUUUCUAGCGGCUUACAAGAAACAAAAGAUGGAAAACUAAUUACGACCACGGAACAUCUUUAUGAACAAAUGCUUGUUUUUAACCAAAAACUUGAAGAAUUAGCUGAUAAUGAACUUCCCAGGAUGAUAAAAAACACUAAACGAGAAGCAAUAAAAAAAGAUCUCUCAGAGUGGCUUCCCGCUUUCUUUAAAAAUGUAGCUGCCAAUGUCAGUCUUGUUGGCAGUAAGAAUGUCGAUUUAUUAGAAGGUUUUGAGGAGCCUUUUGAUGAAAGCUUGGAAAGAAAGAAAAAAGAUUUGGAACAACAGUUUAAUUCCUUAUUGGAAAAAAGAAUACAUGCAAGACGCAAUAUAUAUGAUCAAGUGAACCUCAUUUUGCAACACGCGUCAAAUAAUGUUAGUCAUACUGAAGAUACAACAGCAACAACACAAUCAUCACCCCAACUAUCAGAGGAUCCAUAUUUGGAUUCAGCCGAGUGGGAUGAGUUGAAGGCCGAAAUUGGUGGCAUGAUGACACACUUGACAAGCUUAUCAGGGAAUAUAGAAUCACUUAUAAAAGAAUAUGAACAGGUUGAAUCUAUAAUAAAGUGA